UCCCUUGACAACUUAAGCACCUCACCCCACCCAGUCAAUGCAAGUCCUCCUUGCUUCUGCUCCUGCUCCUGCUCCUGCUCCGUUGUUAUAGUUAUAAACAUCCACCACCAACUCCGACGCCCUUCCUACCAAAUCCAUGGCCACCACCGCUGAAUUUUCGUAUCUUUCUUCAUUGCCGGCUGGUUUUGUUUUCCGUCCCACGGAGGAGCAGCUCAUUACCCACUACCUGAAGAACAAGAAUGAUGGCAACGAGUCUGUUGUUAGUUUUAUCAAGGAGAUUGAUCUGUACAAGUUCGAACCCGAGCAACUCCCAGACAAAUCGUUCAUCCCGUCUGAUAAUUUCGAGUGGUUUUUCUUCCGGGCCAACACCUUGGACAUUGAAAGAACCACGGGUACUGGCAGCUGGAAAUCCACCGGUGAACCCCGCCCAAUCAAGGCUCGAGGAACCAAUGAAGUGAUCGGAAGUAGACAAAUCUUCGUGUUCCAUCGAGGGCGGGGAGCCAAGGGUGUAAAGACCAAUUGGGUGAUACGCGAGUAUAGGCUUCACCCAGACACUAAAAUCCCUUCCCAGCACCCAUUCCUCAUUUUUAAAUUGAAGGAUAACAAUGCAGAUGGAGAGAAGAAAAUCAUACAGAAGCCUCGAGCUGGAACUUCUGAAAAUCCAGAUAAUGCCAUACAGAGUGAAUGUGAUUUUGAAAAGCAAAUUAUGGAAUCGGUGUUAGGCAAGCAUAAAAACUUGGACGAGAUGACAUCAAACAACCACGAGGAAUCGGAGGAAUCGGAUGACACUUAUUCUGAUAACCAAAUAAAAUACUUGCGUAGAGUACUCAGACGUGUAAAGGUAUACGAAGAAAGUAAACCACAAAACGCCCCAUUGCCGAGGAAACCCGGAAGUACAAAUGUGUCCCCAUCCAAGCUUCAGGGGGAUAACACACGUACACAACUUGUGAACCAACCCCAGCCAUCUACCAAGCGCAUUCACCACAACUCCAGUCAACACCCACUGGUCUGUUUUGCGAAAGCAUUGCUAGGCAUCGUGAUGUUAGUAAUGUUUGCCCGAGACAUGGUGCUAUACCGACUCAGGCGCUAAAUAUUAGCAUGAAGCAUUGUCUCAAUCUCGGCUUAAGCUUUUUCAUAUCAUGUAUCUGUCUUCUGCCUCACAGGUCUUGUAUUGAUUAUAUGGCUACUAUGUCUACUAUGUCGUCGAUGCCCCUCGAAUUUCUUCAAUAUUGUUCUAGUCUAGUAAAACUUUCUUAUUUGAGAGCCA